AUGGCGACAUUCGCAACUGACAAAGAUCUUGCCACUAGUUGUCAACAAGAUGUACAUUUAGGUGUAAAUAGUUUUUUUGCUGUUGCUGGUAUUGAAGAUCGUGAUGUUGCACCUGCACCUGCCACAACGGAGAUUUUUGGCCGCUUUCAAUUCUUAAAGACACUUUUACAUCCAAGCCUUUGUGAAUAUGUUGAAAUUGUAAAGGGAAAACAUGAUCGAUUAUUUGUAAUAUUUGAAUAUCAUACAAAUAGUCUUGAAAAGUUUUAUCAACGUAAUGAAAAAGAAGAAAUUAUACAGAUUUCAAGUAUAAAAAUUGAUAGGUUACGUGAAUGGGCAUUUCAAAUAUUGAAAGCUCUUGCUUAUCUAAACAAAAAUAAAAUCACACAUCAUAAUAUUUCACCUCAUAAUAUCUUAUUAGAUGAUGAAGGAAAUAUAAAAUUGGCAGAUUAUGGAUUUUAUUAUAUGACUAAUGGUGGAGCUGAUGUGGAAUUUCCAAUUGGUUAUCCACAAUACAUUCCUCCUGAAGCAAUUUAUCAUUCCUCCGAAAUGACCUAUGCAACAGGGAAGGUGGAUGUAUGGUCAUUGGGCAUAAUAUUAGCAGAAUUGUUUUUUGCAAAGUCUUUUUGGGAAGAUAUCAAAGAUAUUGAUAAAUUAUUUUCAUCAUUAUGGGAUCUUCACUCCAUUGCGUAUAAAAAAGAUAAUGAUAGUGGUGGUGUUGGUAAUGGCGAAGCUUGGGAUAGUUUUAAUGUUUUCGAAUUAGGAAUAAAUGAUUCAAUUUUAGAAUUUUUACAAGCAACAGAUGGAACAGAUACAGAUAUUAUUGAAUUUAGAAACUUUUUACGUUGUUGUCUUCAAGUAAAAGUUUCAGAUCGACUCUUACCAGAACAAUUAUUGUCUCAUCCAUUUUUCAAAAAAAUCCAUAUUUAUGAAAAAGGUGGGAGUAAGCAGUACAAAUAUUGGUGGCUGAAACCAUUUUUGCAAUCACAACAAAUUGAAUUUGAUGAAAAGGAUUUAUUUAAAUAUAUUGAAGAAACUCCAAAAAAAGAUGUUCUACAUGGGAUACCUCUGUCACAAAUUUAUUAUUUUUGGAAAUUAGCUGGAGGUGAUGUUGAAUCAGAGCUAGCAAAAAGAGGUUACCUGCUUAGUACUCCGCCAAUUGAAAGAUUACCAAGAACUGUUAAAGUAGAAGAUGGAAAAGAGGAGGGCACAAAAAAAGACACAGCUUUUUUAUAUUCUGACACAAUCUAUACUUUAUCAUUAAAAGAACUUCGUCAACGAUUGGAAAAUGCCACAGGUCUUAAUAGAGACACUCCUGAACAAGAUCAAGAACAGGAUUAUUUUCUAGAUGAUGAUAUGAAUUUUUUAGUUGAUGA